AUGUUUUCGACGAAGAAAGUAGGAGCAAUAUAUACAUGUGUUGGAUGGCCUUGUUACCGUACUGAGCCAUGUGGUGGUGGUUGUCAUUGCUUACUUGCUAAGGUUGGACCUGGUUAUUGUGCAAGAGACAAACAUGUUACUAAGAUGGUGGAAGAGCAUCCUGAUUUAUGUGAGUCUGAUGCAGACUGCACAAGAAAGGGAAGUGGGAGCUUAUGUGCAUUCUAUCCAAAAUCGUAUCUUAAAUAUGGUUGGUGUUUUGAUACUAACUCUGAUGCAGAAGCCUCGUUCAAGAAUGCUCUUAGCUCUGAAUUUGCAAACAUGUUGAAGAUGCCCUGA